CUUAAAGACUUGGCAAUUUUUAGGAAAUAUCAAGGCUCAUAAGAGCUUCAUUGGUCCCUAUUUUAGCUCCGAGAAUUCUACCAGAGUAGAUAUAUACAAAACACAGACAUUUUGUAAGUGCAAUGUCAAUAGAUCAGCUGUGGAAAGGAAAGAAAUUGUUCAAAAUUUUAGAGACAUUCAAGGUACCAAGUUCUAACUUUACUGCUGAGGUGGGUCCUGGGGUCCAUGUCAACUAUAAAUCACUGCCCUUUCAAUGUAGGUGUGAAUUGAUUAAUAAAACUAAACCCUUGUCUUCUAUAGAAUAGGAAGUAUGUCAGCCUUUUAGCAUGCUCAUUUGACCAAAGCUCAGACCUGUUGUCUGCAAGCACCAUAAAAGCUUUCAGUUGCUUGGUUACUGAACAAAACUAUCUGCUUGGUGAGCUCUGCUAGCCUGCAUGGCAUUAAGACUUCAUGUGAAGAAUGGAACUGUAUAAAUUAAUGUAGUUUGUGCUUCA